AUGAUCUAUGCAAAGUUACAUAUUGAGAGUGGGGACAUUCAAGGAAUCAUCGACCCCUCACUACGCAACAAAUAUGACAUGCAAUCAAUGUGGAAGAUAGCCGAAAAAGCUUUGAUGUGUGUUCAACCUCAUGGGAGUAUGAGGCCAUCAAUCUCAGAGAUCAUUAAGGAAAUCCAAGAUGCAAUCUCAAUUGAAAGGGAAGCAGAAGCAGUAAGAGAAGGCAACUCUGAUGAUAUAUCAAGGCAAUCUGUUCAUUCUUGCCUGAACAUAGGUUCACUGGACCUGGCUGCAAGUGAGCAUUAUUUGUCUGUCGAUGACUCCCUCACAAAGCCAACUGCUCGAUAG